AUGGACAACUUCAUCUACACCAGCACCCCCAGCCGAGUCAUCUUCGGCCAAGGCAAAGUGUCAACUCUGCCCCAAGAAGCCGAAGCUCUCGGCGUAUCGAAAUGCCUGAUCCUCUGCACAAAGUUCCAGAUCAAGGAAGCAGAAAUGCUCACAAAACUUCUCGGUGACAAAGCCGUGGGAAUCUUUGACAAUGCAACAAUGCACACACCAAUCUCCAUCACCGACGAAGCUUUGGAUCUUGCAAAAUCCCUCAAUGCCGAUUCUGUAGUCAGCAUCGGAGGAGGCAGCACCAUUGGCCUCGGCAAAGCCAUCUCUUUCAAGACAAAAUUGCCUCAUAUCUGCAUCCCUACCACGUAUGCCGGAAGCGAGAUGACGCCGAUUUUGGGACAGACGGUUGAUGGCAAGAAAACGACGGAGUCACAUCCGGACAUCAAGCCCAAUGUGGUCAUCUAUGAUGUUGAUUUGACCAUGACGCUGCCGGUGGAAAUGAGCAUGACGAGUAGUGUUAAUGCUAUCGCACAUGCUGUAGAAGCACUUUACGCACCAGACACAAAUCCCAUAAUCCAGCUCCUCGCCCAAGAUGGCGUGCGCGCUCUUGCCUCCGCCCUGCCUGAAAUCAAGACCAACCCCCUUUCCAUCCCAGCACGUACAAAGGCCCAAUACGGAGCUUGGCUAUGCGCUAUCUGUUUGGGCAGCACGAAGAUGGCCUUGCACCAUAAGAUCUGCCAUGUGCUGGGAGGCACAUUCAAUCUACCGCACGCGGACACACAUACAGCAGUUUUGCCUCAUGCGUUGGCGUUCAAUGCUCCUGCGACACCUAGGGCGAUGGAGUUGUUGGCUGAGGCGUUGCCGGAGGGUAAGGGUGAUGCGGUCAAGGGAAUGAAUAUUUUGCUGGAGAAGUUAGGGAUGCAGAUGGAUUUGAAGAGGUUCGGCAUGAAAGAGAGUGAUAUUGAGAUCGGUGUGCAGCAGACGUUGAGUAAUGCUUACUCAAACCCGAGGAAGAUCGAAGAGGGGCCAAUCAGGGAGAUGAUCAGGAGGUGCUGGGCUGGUGAGCCGGCGGUGCAGGAUCUGUAG